GUAAUACGAAUAAUCAUACUGUCCCAAAAUUAUUAUUUAGUUUGUAUUUUUAGUUUUAGUAUAAUUUGAAUUAGAAAUAAAAAUUCAAGCUGGAUAAUAAUUUUAGGAUGGAAGGAGUAUAAAAUAAGAUUAGUGACCAUUGGCAUAUAAGCCAAAUACAUAAAGAAAAUGAAGAAUCUUAUGGCGGCGACGACCACCGCCGGGAAGCCCCAACUCCACUCCGUGAGGCUGCUCCGCCGCGCGUAUUUCAACGGAGCAUUUGCAGCCGUAUACCUGUCAGCCGUCUUAGCUUUUUUCUACCGCCACGUCAUCUCACUGAUCAUCCAGUCCAAAACCUUAGCAUCCAUCUCCAUUUCCAUUUCCGUACUCAUCGCCGACCUCGUACUGGCUUUCAUGUGGUUCACUUGCCAGUCAUGUCGAAUGAAAAUGAUUGUUCGUGAAGUUCAAUUAGAAAACCUUGACAAAGUAAUUACUUCCAAGGAGAGUUUCCCGGCCAUGGAUAUCUUCGUAUGCACGGCCGACCCUUAUAAAGAGCCGCCUUUAAACGUGGUCAACACCGCCUUGUCGGUGAUGGCUUAUGAUUAUCCGCCGGAGAAGUUAUCGGUGUACGUGUCGGACGAUGGUGGAUCGGAGCUGACUUUGUUUGCUUUCAUGGAGGCUGCCAAAUUUGGAAGGUUUUGGCUGCCGUUUUGCAACCAAAACAACGUUAUGGAUAGGUGCCCCCAUGCUUAUUUCAACUCCAAUCACUCUGCAAGUUGGGAAACUCAAAACAUCAAGGAUAAAUAUGAAAGCAUGAAGAAGAAAAUAGAAAGUGUGAUGAAGAAAGGGAAGGUGACAGAUGAAUACCUUACAGGCGAGGAAGAGCAUGAAGCUUUCUCCCAAUGGAAACAAGGAAUCUUCACUCGUCAACAACAUCCCUCAGUCAUUCAGGUUCUGUUGGAAAGUGGCAAGGACAAAGACAUUGCGGGAAACUCCAUGCCCAACCUAGUCUACGUUUCUCGAGAGAAAAGCAAGGACUCAUUCCAUCAGUUUAAGGCUGGAGCCCUAAAUACAUUGCCAGAGAUUCCAGAGCUCGGACCAGAUUAUAGUGUUAAAGAGCAUAUUAAGUCUCGCCAUGUAAUGAACUUGGCACAUCAUGUAGCUGGUUGCAAAUAUGAAGUCGGCACUCAUUGGGGCUCAGAGAUUGGAUUCAAAUAUGGAACUGUGGUGGAGGACUUCUACACGGGUUACUUACUUCAAUGUGAGGGAUGGCAUUCCAUAUUUUACCAUCCAAAAAGGCCAGCAUUCCUUGGCGAUGUACCAAUCUCCUUGUUUGACAUAAUCAGCCAAAAUAAGCGGUGGUUUGUAGGAUUUCUUGAUGUAGCUUUCUCAAAGCACAGCCCAUUAACAUAUGGUGUCAAAGCCAUGGGCUAUUUACAAGCUUCCAGUUAUGGACACUAUUCUCUCUGGGCGAUCUGGUCAAUUCCUAUAGUUAUAUAUGCCUUCAUCCCUCAACUCAGCUUGCUCAACAAAAUGUGCAUCUUCCCACAGAUGUCUGAUCCAUGGUUUAAACUGUACUCCUUUUUGUUUCUGGGAGCAUAUGGACGACAUUGUCUGGAUUUCAUUUUAGCACAAGGUACAAUUGCAAGGUGGUGGAGUGAACAAAGAUUUUGGCUCAUUAGAGGGCUCACCUCUCACACAUUUGCAACCUUUGAAGUCGUAACCAGGAGUUUGGGCAUCAAUAUUGCGACACAGGGAUUCAACGUGACAAGUAAAGUAAUAGAUGAUGAACAAGCUAAGAGGUAUGAUCAAGGGAUAUUCGAGUUUGGGGUGGAAUCACCAAUGUUUGUGCCAUUGUCCAUGGCAGCAAUCCUCAACUUGGUUGCUUUUCUCUAUGGCUUUCUAAAGAUCAACUUGGAUGGUUUCUUUGUUCAAAUGUUUGUUGCUGGUUUUGGGGUCUUGAAUUCUGUACCCAUUUAUGAAGCCAUGAUCCUGAGAAGAGACAAAGGAAGAAUGCCCACCAAAAUCACCAUCAUUUCUGCUCUUCUUGUUUUCGUUCUUUAUGUUGCGAGUUUAUUUGUACUAAACAUGUAGAUCGGUUCUCACCUCAUUUAUGAAGACAAAGAUAUGUGCGCAUGAGUAGAGAAUUUGAGAAAAAAUAAAAAUAAAGAAAAGAAAAGUAAAGACCCUCGUGCCCGUGGUAUAUAGCUAGCGUAAAUAGAAGAAAACAAAAUCUUGUGAUGUUGUAUAUUGAUUUCAGUUGAGGGUUUUGUUUAGAGUCUUGUAAAAUACUAAUUAACUAGAAAAUCUCAAGUAAAAUAUUUGUCCAAUGUUUGCAGGAUCGUGAUCCUAUAUAGGAUUGAAAUGAGGUCACAUGAUUGGAUUGUAAAUGGGAUCGGUAGGAUCGGAAUAAUAAAAUCGUAACAAUAUAAAAUUAUUUAAAAUUAUAUAUAUGAAGCAAGAGGUGU